GAGAAGAUUGAAAUACUGAUCUUCAAAAAUUUAGUGCCGAUCCAGCGAUUUUACGGAUGUUAAAACGUUCAAUAUACUGUACAAUGUAGUUCAAUAUGGGAAAUUUAUACUGGAUAUUUGAUACCUUAUACAUGUACAUUAACACAUUUGAAGAUGAAACUUUGUGGCAACAAGUACAAGAUGUAAAGGGGGAUCACCUGUAUGAGACACAGGACUAUUUGUCCUAAGAGACAUUUUCUUACCUGAAUUACCUCCCUUGUAACACGACCUUUUGACCUUGUGUGAGACUUAUACUUGAUACUGCAAGACAAUUUUAUAGUAAAACUUACACAGGCUGCCCUUUACACCAGGCAUUAAACAUCAAGGGGAAAAGAGUUUUUAGUAAGGUUGUGAAAAAAAAAUUGCUGUGGAUUAAAAUACAAGAUAGUUAUUACAUUGACAUACAGAAAAAUGUAUGCUGAAAUCAAAAACAAGAUUUAAAACACCAAUCUUUUAGAGAAAGAAAAUCUAAUUCGCAAUGGCCGUAAGAAAUCCAAGGUCACAUGUGUUGAUAGCAAGCCGUACAAGAAGUGGGAGUGUUGAUGACAGUUUAGAAGCACCGCCCACAUCUCCGCCUCCACCCCCUCCGGACGAAGAACCACCAGAUUUCCCGCCAGUUUACAAGGCAGACUCUUUACCAAGAAGUAGUAAGCUGGUCAGUUCAAAAGUUAGUCAAAUGCGAGAGAAAUUUCAAGCUGCCAAUGGCAAUGCAGACGACCAUUUACAUUCACAACAUAAAUUUCAACCAAUUAAAUCGUACCAACAUCAUGUAGCGAGAACGCCACCACCUUCGAUAUCAAAUACAGUUGGUCGUACCAGAGGUCAGUCUGCCAGUACGUCGGCUCUUCACAAACCUAAAGAACCAAGCUCGCCAACUUCUUCAAGCUCAGUAAAAAUCCCACCGAGCAGUCAUGUUCAGAGAUUUAAUUACACACGAGCUUUGUUUGCUCGCAUGGAAGAGGAAACAAAAAAGCAACAAGAAAUUGAGAAAUCUUCCCAUCUUCGUAAGCCUUCACCUUCGCAAGGUGUAAGGUCGCCAGUUGUCUCGCCAACCAGAGGUAUAAGUAGCCCUACACGGCCAGGAAGUGCAUCCUCGUCCGAUGAACAUGAUGUACAAAAAAAGAUGAGAUUAUCUACAGAUUCAGACGAUAUGGGGAUCGGCCCGAGUACAAGACGGUCUAGGGCUGAAGUGAGACCUCCCGUACCAAGCCGGAAGCCUGAUGUUCCAAGGCCAGCUUAUUCAGAGCCUAACUUAGCAAAGGCUGUUAGUAACACUCCAGCUGGGCUUCUAUGGAAACGGCGUCAAAAUGACAUUUUAACAGAUAUAAGUAAUACUGACAAGUACCAUGAUUCUAAAAAUAGGACACAACUGUCUUCAAGUUCAUCGCAAGUAGAUGGAAAAUCAGACUCAAAUGAUACUCUAGAUAACUCGGUUUUUAGCAAUUCAAAUGGUUCGUUAUCGGAAGAUUUGUCCAUCACCUCCGCAUAUCAUUCCAGAAAACCCUAUUUUCCAAGUGACAAUUCUAGAUUUAGUCAAGGUCGUUCUGCCUCGACCGAGGUUUUAAAUUCAAGGUCAUCAAAUGACACUGGAAGGUCAAGGUCACAUGAAUCUAGGGUGCAAGAAGAGGUCAAUGAAAGUGAUACGAAUGUUGAUGGUGUUGUUACUAAACGUCCAAGACAAGAGCGUAGUGUUACACACCCUGGGAAACGUCUAAGUAAAGAAGAGAUUCAGGCAGCUAUAGACAGAGCCGAUACAUAUCUAAGGUCAACGAGUACAUCCUCUGAAGAAAGUGAAUCGAAGGAUAAACGUUUGUCUGGUGAACAAAUGAUAGUAUCGGAUAUAACGUCCAAUUCAUCAGGUAUUAAGGAGGUUGUGCCAACACAAAAUAUGAGCCAAUCAGAUAGCAAGGUACAUACUGAGGAGCAAAAAGACUCGGAUUUAAAAAGUUGGGCUCUUUACCGAAAGCAAAGAUAUUCACGGACAUCUGACUAUCUAGAUGACAAAGUGGGUGAUAUUUCUAAGUUAGGCAGUAUAUCAGAUACUAGUGUUAGUGGUUAUAGAAAAUCUUCCAUGGAAAAUUUAUCAAAACCCCCAGAACCAAACAAAACAAAUGACCCUUUCGCUGCCAUUUCUGGGAGUUCAGUGCUAAUGAAUAGGCGAUCGGCCCCACCAGUACAGCAGAAACCCCCGAGCCCUCGUUCAAAACAUGUAAAUUCUCAACCAGAUACAAGUGGUAAUAUAGUUAGUGAAACAAAUUUGAAUUUACAAACUGAGAGUAGGGACAGUGGCUCGAAAUUAUUAGGUAAGGAUGGCAAUAUAGAACCCAUAGACUCUUCAGAACAUUCCAUUACAGCAGUCUCAGGAGUGACCUCUUUGCUAGACCCAUUCCAGUUCCUCGUCGAACAGCUCCGCCUCCCCAAACGAGCCUCCGCCCCCUCCGCCAGCAAAUUCACAUUCCCCGCCUCCUUCACCGGCUCCGCCCUCAAAACCACCUCCAUCAGUCCCUGA